CAGUAUGGAGCUCAGGACACUUCCUCUAAUGCUCUUGCUGAUUUCAAACAUCCAUCCCGGACAAACUCAAGAGAGACUAAAGGCUGUAGUGAAGACAGAGCCAGGCAUACAUGAAACCGUCACUGUCAGAUGUGAAAUACCAGGAGAUGCAGACGACUGGACAUACAGCUGGUUUAGAGACGGAUCAUCUCGGCCCUUUAGCUCUGACAGAGAAUUCAGCUUCGAAACUGGUGUAUCUCACAGACGCAGCAGCGUCACCUGUAGAGGAGAGAGAAGAAGUGAUGGACAGAAGUCAGAGAUCAGUGACGCUGUUAAACUGAAUCUAUGUGAGUCUGAUCCUCUUCACUGCAGAAAUAAGUUACACUGAGAAGUGAUGACGUGAUAAGAAGGG